GUUUGAAAUCUGGUGAAAACAUUCUUUUAACCCGAAGCUGUGUUUAGAGGACUCCCACGAUUGACAGACUGUAAACAGACCUACAUGUUGGUUCUCUAACUUUACAGCGAGCAAUGCUGUCUAACAUAUGACCAAUAACUCAGUUGAAACUAGGACUUAUGAUAUGACGGACAAAUGUGAACACACGCCUUGUUUAUAAUCAGCUAGAGCUAUAAAACAAAAUCAAUUUUGUAAUUAAGCAUUGAUUAUACCAAAAUCAAGCUAAUAAUCAAUCAUACUUAUAAAAGCCAAGGGCAGAUUGUUUAUCAUUUCUACAGCUGAUACGUAGGACAGCUGAAACAUUUAGUGAGAAAAACAUUGAAACUCGGGUCUAUCAACAUCAUUGGGCUUUAAUUCUAGAUUCUCGUCAAUGUUCUACUUUGUUUUGCCUGAGCUUAAAGACUAAAACUCAAACAAAUCAAUAUCAUGUUACAUCGGAUUACUCGUCCCAGCAUCUAAGAUCUGUUUCAAAAUAAAAUCAAGACAAUCAUCGUCAACUAAAGGGUAAACGAUUCGAGAGGAGACGUAUCAGGUGUGAGGAAACUGAAACAGUUGCCAUCGUCUGAGAAACAGUUCAUUUCGACUUCUGUUGUCUCUAUCCUGCCAUUUUGGAAAACAGGAACUAAUCAAAAACUUAAUUGAAAAUACACUUCAGUCGAUUUUAGCCAGAAAUCCAAACAAGAGAAUAUGGAAAGCACAACAGCUCCGUCUAACAUAGAAUGGACGUCUGAUCGUCUCUUGGAUUCUGCUGACAAGGGAAGUAAUGAUACGGUUGUCUAUGUAAGAGACACUUCAUUUAACCUGAAUGGGAGAGAAAAGAAGUUAAUUUCUGGUUCCAUUUUCCACCCUUCCGGAAGCGGUUUACCCACACCAACAGCUCUAGACAAACCGAUUGUCCAUGGAGGCAGUCUCGACUUCGAUUAUCCGGAUGGUUCUCAGUCAAGUGCAGACAAUCGUUCAUUGCAGAAUACGAAUUACUUUCCGUUACCUCGGGUGCUGCAUAACCUGUUCAAAAGCGACGGUGACACCAACGCUACGUCCAGCGUCCUUUUUGAUACGGGCCUCAGCCACACCAGCACCAACAACAACAUAAUCAGCAGCAUCAGCAACAACUGCAGCAACAGCGACUACAGUUCUGACGACUACUUCUAUGACUAUAGCUCGGCUGACUCAUCGGUUCCACUGGACGAGAUUCUGCCCGUGUCUUUGGUCUAUGGCGUCACGCUGGUCAUCGGAGUCGUGGGCAACUUACUGGUCAUCGCAGCUGUGGCCAGGGACAGGAGACUGAGGUCUAUCACCAACAUCUUCCUCACAUCGCUAGCCUCUGCCGACCUGGCGCUGCUGUGUUUUUGUGUGCCCGUCAAGGUGAGGGUUUUUUGUGAGUAUGUGUGUGUGUAUGUCGACUGGGGAGAAGUGCGGGGACAGGGGAUGGCUCUCCGGAUACUGGACCAACAGGGAGAGUUGUGGUCAUCGGGAGAGAACACCAGGCUAGAACUGGACAAACUAGGGGCGGACAACUCAAGACCUCUUUGCCUGAAAGACCCUGGACGGUGCGACGAAAUUGGACCACAACAAGGCCUUGUGUGGAUGUCCUCGGGGAAGAGAAAGCAAAAUGCAAAGACAAAAGAUUGA